AUGAUGAGACCGAGACCGAGAGUGGUGCAUUGUAUCCAAACCGGCGGCGACAGUGUCAACGACUAUCGUGGUUCAUUGAGAUCUCGUACUGGUCACUUGGUACAUCUUUCCAUUGACCAAUGUCCCGACCAUCCUUUUCCUCUACUACUACCCCGAACUGUGAAAGGGUACGGUUUCACUGAAAAGAGAUGGGUUGACCUGGAGGUAGAUCGAAUUAGCGACACGCAGUGGAACACGCAGGUAUUCGAGAGCCUAGUUUUAGAAGAGCCGACAAAAGACCUACUCGAGGCACUUCUGAAGAGUCCGCUCAGCCUUGAAGCCUCCACGGAUUUAAUCCCGGGAAAAGGCGACGGGCUCGUCAUUCUACUCCAUGGCGGGCCCGGCACAGGGAAGACCUUCACCGCGGAAGGGUUGGCUGACUAUGCGCGCAGACCACUUUUACGGAUUACAUGCGGAGACAUUGGCACCAAACCGGUCGAUGUGGAGAGAUACCUGGAGAAGAUGCUGCGGCUGGGUCGUACCUGGGGCUGCGUGAUCCUGCUAGACGAGGCAGACGUUUUCCUCAAGGAAAGGACACUUUCUGACCUUGAGCGCAACGCGCUAGUCUCUGUCUUUCUCCGCGUUCUCGAGCAUUUUGACGGCAUCUUGAUUCUGGCCUCAACGCGUGUCGGCCACUUUGACGAAGCAUUCCGCUCGCGCAUCCGGCUCGCUCUCCACUACCAGAGCCCGGGCCCCGAACAACGCCAUCAGAUCUGGUCGAAUCUCUUCAAGCAUCUGCGCACGUUAGAGGACUGUAGUAUGGACUUUGACGAUCUUGUUCUUCACAUCAACGACCUUAGCACGUACGAGAUGAACGGACGACAGAUCCGUAAUGCGAUCACGACCGCUCGGCAGCUCGCAGAGUUAAAGAAAAAGAGGCUGAAUUACGGCUUCAUCAAGAAAGUGAUCGCGACGACUGGUCAAUUUGAUCGAUACCUGCAAGGGAUCUUCUUCUCCCCUGACUAUAUCGUAGCACCCACCUGCGAAAAAUGCGAAUCCAGCUUCGUCUAG